AUGGAACGGCAACCAAAGUCUGUCUGUGACGCGGCGCAACUUCUUCAGACAGCCAGCAUUAUCUCCAGUACCGUCCAGACCAUAAUUGCGGAAUGGUCUGCAGAGGCACAGGCAUCAAAAGGCUCUCGCAAGCAGAACGUCCCAACCCUGCCUAGUCGGGAACUAUUCGAUGCUCAGCGGACCAUCUUGGCAGCGGUUGGCAAGCUGACCGAGUUGGUGUCCGACCCAAGCGCCAGGAUCCUCGAGGUAGCAACGCAGUUUGAGGAAUCUCGGUCUUUGUAUAUCGCUGCUGAGCGGCGCAUUCCUGAUCUCCUCGCAGCGGGCGGUGAGGGCGGCGUGCAUGUCGAUGUGAUCAGCCAGAAAGCCAAAAUUGAACCUCGCAAGCUGGCUCGCAUUUUGCGAUACCUGUGUUCGAUUGGUAUUUUCCAGCAAACUGGUCCGAAUACGUUCGCGAACAAUGGUAUUUCCGCAGCAUUGGUCUCUAAUGAGCCCUUACGGGCCUAUGUUCAGCUCGUGAAUAGUGAGGGCUUCACGGCCUCCGACCGUCUGCCACACACUCUCCUGGAUCCAGACACUGGUCCCUCUUACGAUGUUGCAAAGACGGCUUGGCAGAAUGCCGUCUGCACCAAAAAGACUCGAUGGGAGUGGGUCGAGGAACGCGUGGCCCCAGAGAAAUUGCUCGAAUCCGGGGGCCAUUAUCCUGGCAUUCCGAGUCUGGUUCUGGGGCUCCCACCAAGGGAGGAUGACGGACUGGUCGCGAGACCAGAACUAGAGAUUAUGGGCCUGGCUAUGGUUGGCGGCGGGCGAGUAUUUGGGACAGCCCAUGUUUACGAUUUCCCAUGGGCCUCCUUGGGCGAUGCGCUGGUUGUUGAUGUCGGGGGAGGCGUCGGCGGCUUCCCCCUGCAACUGAGCAAGGUCUACCCCAAGCUGCGGUUCAUUGUGCAAGACCGUGGCCCGGUCGUCAAGCAAGGGCUGGAGAAAGUCUGGCCCCGAGAGAACCUUGAGGCAUUGCAGAACCGACGAGUGCAGUUUGUCGAGCAUAGCUUCUUCGAUACAAACCCGACUGAGAGCGCUGAUAUUUAUUUUUUGCGCUUUGUCCUUCAUGAUUGGUCGGACGACUAUUGCGUGCGCAUCCUGUCAGCCAUUCGUUCGAGUAUGGCGGCGCAGUCUCGCCUAUUGAUCUGUGAUCAGGUCAUGAACACGACCGUCGGCGACCCUGACUUGGAGUCAGCCCCGAGCCCUCUGCCGGCCAACUACGGCUACCACACGCGGUUCAGCCACAGCCGAGAUAUCACUAUGAUGUCGUGCAUCAACGGGAUUGAGCGGACACCAGCCGAAUUCAAGGCCCUCCUCCAGGCGGCGGGGUUGAAGUUGAAAAAGAUUUGGGACUGCAGGAGCCAGGUGUCUUUGAUUGAAGCGGUCUUACCCGAAGUAAAUGGCUUUAAAUAG